CGCCCGAAAAUGUACAUUGGAAACUGGUCAAAAGAAAACACAGUAACGCCUAUAUUUUAGUGCUGUUAGGGGUUGAUUGUGUUCUUUUUAAUCACGUCUUGUUUCCGUACUAGGGCCAACACACAGCCAAAACUCCCGUCAAUUUCGCUCAGUUUUCAAACAUUCUAUUAUCUAACUUUGAACAAUUUAACUUUUGGGUGUGUCCGUUUCGUAUCAGUGUUCAGAUGUUAUCGAAAACAAAUGAUCAUACUGUUAACAAGGUCUCUUUCGGUUUAGGCGUGUUCCAGUUCAGAAACUGUCCACUUAAUUAAUAAGAAAAUUUGCCUCUAAAGCUCAUUUUUUCGACUUGAAAUAUUUCUAGUUAUUUGGAAAAAAUGACUGAAUACUGGCUAAUAUCGGCACCCGGCGACAAGACCUGCCAGCAGACUUGGGAGACGCUCAACAACGUCACCAGCAAACAGAACAGUCUGUCGAUUAACUACAAGUUCCACAUACCAGACCUGAAAGUGGGUACUUUAGAUCAAUUGGUCGGCUUGUCUGACGACCUGGGAAAAUUGGACAGUUUCGUUGAUACUGUUACCCAUAAGGUAGCGUCUUAUUUAGGCGAAGUCCUGGAAGACCAACGGGAUAAGCUGCAAGAGAAUUUGAUGGCCAAUAACGGAGACCUUGCCGUCUACUUAACCCAUUUUCAAUGGGACAUGGCUAAAUAUCCAAUCAAGCAAUCGUUGCGUAAUAUAGCUGACAUAAUCAGCAAACAGGUUGGGCAGAUCGAUGCAGAUCUUAAAACCAAAUCGUCCGUUUACAAUAAUCUCAAGAGCAGCUUGCAAAACAUGGAAAAGAAACAAACAGGUAGUUUGUUGACAAGAAACUUGGCCGACAUAGUGCGCAAAGAGCAUUUCAUACAAGAUUCAGAGUAUCUGACCACUUUGCUUGUAGUUGUGCCCAAAUCUGCUUUUUCCGAUUGGAAUCAGAAUUAUGAAAAACUGACGGACAUGAUUGUACCGCGUUCCAGUCAGUUGGUUAGUCAAGACAACGAUUACGGUUUGUACACCAUAACCUUGUUCAAAAAAGUGGCAGAGGAGUUCAAGCAUCAUGCAAGGGAAAAGAAGUUUAUAGUUCGUGAUUUUACCUAUAACGAAGUUGAACUCGCUGCUGGCAAAAAUGAAAUAACCAAGCUUGUUACUGACAAGAAAAAACAAUUUGGGCCGUUGGUUAGAUGGUUAAAAGUCAAUUUUAGCGAAUGUUUUUGUGCCUGGAUACAUGUUAAAGCUCUUCGCGUGUUUGUUGAAUCUGUGUUGAGAUACGGUCUACCUGUAAAUUUUCAAGCCAUGUUAUUGCACCCGAAUAAAAAAAACACUAAACGGCUCCGUGACGUUUUGCACCAAUUAUACGGCCAUUUGGACAGUAGUGCUCAACAAGGUGGUGCUCCUGGUACACACGAUAGUGUCGACAUACCCGGACUUGGUUUUGGACAAGCCGAGUACUUCCCGUAUGUCUACUACAAAAUCAAUAUAGAUAUGGUAGACGCUAAAGCGUAAGGUUUAUUUAUUUUUAAUUAAAAAUCAUCCCAUCAUUUUAAUGAUUUUAAACCAUUACAUUUUUUUAUAAAAACUUGCACAAUAUAAGAAAUAAUUAUUAUCGAUAAUUUUUUUUUCGCUGUCGGAAUUACAUUUAGUUUGUUGUAAAAUGUUUUCCAUCCAUUCGGUCUAUCUUCAUGUUUAAUAUUUAGCCUAUCUGUAUACAUUCCUUUACCAUGCUAUUAAUUUUUUAAUUAAUUAUUAUUUUUAAAAGCAAUAUUUUCUAAACAUGUUUUAGUACUGUUACGUUGUUUGUUGUUUUUUUUUUUGAGUUGUUGGAAAAUAAUAUUUUAUAUUAUUGAAUUUAAGAGAAAAAAAAUGUAUUUAUUUUAAUAAGUAAAAAUAGGUUAAUGAAACUAAAAAUAUUUUAAUUAUUCAACCGUAGUAAAUAAACAUGAUUUGAAAUUAUUGUAUUUUGUAAAUAUAAUUCAUUCAUUAUCCUUUAGUAGUACUGACAUUGUAGAUAUCGCUCUUGUUGGAGACUGUACACCUAAUUUACUUAUAUUAGUAUAUAAGAUUUAUUGAGGGUUUCAGAGGUACAAUUCAUUUAUAAUAUCCCCUUUUCAUAAUAUUGUUGAUUUAUACGCUUAAAGUUUGCAAUUAAAGCUUUAAAACAUAUUUCAAGAGUUUUGUUUAGUUUAACAUACUACGGAUAACGGAAUGAUAGUACACAAUUUGGAUAGCUUCAUAAAUGUGUGUAUUGUAAUGUUGUUUAGUAAUACGUUAUUUGAUAUUAUCUCACUGCCAAUUAUUAUUUUUUCAUUCACUUGUUAAAUUCAACGCAUAUUUACUAAGUUCUACGACAAAUAAAUGAUUGUUAAAAGAAAAAAUUGCUAAUUUAGCAUUACUAAUAGCAUUACUAAUUUAAAGGAACCAAAUUUCAUUUCAGUAUUUCCAUCGGUAGUAGGUUUGAUCCCACCAUUGGCCGUAGUAAAUUUUGUGUAUUGUUUUGUGUGAAAUAAUUAUGCAAAUCAAUGUGAUACUUUUUUAGUUCUACAAAACGAAUAAAAGAAAAAAGAUUUUACUAUAGUCAUUUGAAAUAAAUCACCUUUUUUUAUUAUUGUAACUGAAAAAAAAAAUGUUUUUCAACAAUAUUCUUUCACAUUGCAAACACAAUUCAAAUAAACUACUCGAAAAUGACUCUGCUUCUGAUUCCCUCUAAUGUUAUUAUUGUAUGCAAGUGAUUGUUUUUAUUAUAAAUUAUUAUUAUUAUUAUUAUAUAAUUAAGAUAAGUUCAUAAGUAUUAACAAUUAUUUGGGUUUAUAUUUAUAAUAAUAAUAAUAAUAGUGACGUGUUAUAACAUUCCUACGAGCUACAACUUUUUAGAACAUUAAAACCAAGUGAUAGCUUUGUGUUGUACAUUGUGGUUUAUUAUUAUUAUUUUUUUUUUGUUGAAUUGUGUAAUAAACUAUUUAAAAUGAACAAAUUGCUUAUAAACGUUGAACUAUUAUAACAGGGUUAUUGUUUACACAUAAAAUUUAAUAUUUCAUUGAAAAAUCUAAUUGGAUUUUAAAACUAAAAAUUCAAAGAGCGUAGCAAGUUGUAACGAAAAUAAUAAUAUUAGUUUUAACACAUUUGUAACUUCUCGUAGUGUUUCUGACUACUACUUCAAAAGCUUAUAGCUUGUGCUAAAAAUAUAAAUUUAAUUAAAUAAUGUAUGUAAUACAAAUUAAGUAAAAAAAAAAACACUUUUAUAUAAUAUUUAUACAAACGGUACAUAAAUUAAUUUAUUAUUGCCAAAAAUGCGGCGAUUCUAAAAAAAUUAACUAGUUCAUUAUUCUGUUUAAAUGUGUUAAAAUUAUUGUCCUCACAGACUGCUAUCUUUAUCACUUAUUUUGAAUGUUUUCAUGCACAAAAU